AUGGCUUUUAAAAAAAAAGAACUUUCCAUUUUUGAAUGUGAUGAAGUUGUUGAUGCUUGGAAAUUUGGAAUUAGUAAAAGAAAGACUAGUAAAACCUUAAACCAUCCUAAAAUAUCAUUUUAUGAUGUAAUUUCUGCUUAUAAAAAUUGUGGAUAUGAAACUCUUUCUCUUAAAACUGAUAUUAAUGGUAGAUCAGUUUUUGAUAUUUGA